AUGCCUUCACUCCGCCGCAGUAAACCCCCAACGUGUCCCCUCCUCGCUCUACCUCGCGAAAUUCGAGACGAAAUCCAUCGAUAUGUUCAAUUAGGACAGCGAAUUGACAAGCCAAGAGCAACGAGCUCUGGCUAUCUCAGACCAAACGACAAUAUAAUAUGGCCCAACGCUUAUCAACUCCUCAAAGAAUCCGAGUAUCGAGAAGAAAAAGAUCCCAGGGCGGUGUUCCGGCCAGAUGCCGAAGAUAUCCUCAUACUGGCGCGAACGUGCGAACAGCUUUAUAAAGAAUCAAACCAAAUCUUCUACAGUGAGAAUGCGUUCUCGUUUGAGGGUACUUGGAGUUUGUAUUGUUAUCUGUACAUGAUUGGCGAGGAAAAGCGACGGUGUAUUCGCCAUAUAAAUUUCCAUUUCAGAGGAAUUCAGAGGGUAGAUGCAUUCAAGUUACUUGGCGAGUGUAAAUCGUUAAGCACUCUCAGGAUAGGAGUUGGACAGGAUACGAUGUCUGGUAGUAAACAACCGAAGUUGGAUCUAAUGACAGCCAGAGGUCUUUCUACAUUGAGAAAAAUAAGAGGGAUGGAAAAUUUGGUGGUAGAUGUGGUAGAAAUGGACCAACCAUCCAGCCAUACUUACUCGUUCCCCUACAUGGGAUCGCUGGACCAAUCAUCCACACAUGCUUACUUGUUACCCUACAGAGGAUCGCUGGACGUACCCUCAAAGGUUCCGUAUUUCAUGCCGGGAAAGGUCCAAGAAUUUGCAAGGACGUUGACAGAGGAGAUGAAUUGGAAAGAGGAGACGCCGGAGCAGAAUCAAAUCCAGGAUGUAUCAUUUGAAGAGGAAGAAGUUCUACAGUCGAAGCCAAAGUCCAAAAAUUCCAAACCAGCAGUAAUUUCCAGUACUCGAACUCUACUCUCCGGUAAAAUUCAAAAGUCGACAUCCACACCUAAGGGAAAGGUGGCGAAAAAAGCAAAGACAAGUAGAAAGGGGAAAUAA